GCUUAAUUCAUCAUCAUCAUCAUAAUAAUGUCUUCUUCACUACAACUCCUCUUUUUCUUUAUAUUAAUCUUAAAUCCAUUUCUCAAUAUGAUCUCGGCUCAGUUAUCUCCUACUUUCUAUGCCACCACUUGUCCAGACGCAUUGACCACGGUCAGGACGUCUAUCAGACAAGCAGUCUCCCGCGAGCGUCGCAUGGCUGCCUCACUCAUUCGUCUCCACUUCCACGACUGCUUCGUCCAAGGCUGCGACGCCUCCAUAUUGCUUGACGAGCAAGCAACCCCCACCAGCGAGAGGAAUGCCUUGCCCAACAAGGGAUCCGCCAGGGGUUAUGAAGUCAUUGAUAACGCCAAGGCUCAGCUCGAAAACAUAUGCCCCGGAGUCGUUUCAUGCGCUGAUAUCCUUUCCUUGGCUGCACGCGAUGCUUCUUUUGCUGUUGGUGGUCCUUCAUGGACGGUUAAAUUGGGAAGAAGAGAUUCCACAACCGCAGAUAUCGAUUCGGCUAACGCAGAUCUUCCUAGCUUCAAAAGUAGCCUUGAUCAACUUAUUCAAAACUUUGAUAGGAAGGGUCUAACCGAAAGGGACAUGGUUGCCUUGUCGGGAGCUCAUACAAUAGGUCAAGCGCAAUGUUUCACAUUCAGGGAUAGGAUCUAUAGCAACAACACAAACAUUAUUGAUGCGGGAUUUGCCAGUACUCGUAGCCGCCAAUGUUCGCAGACUUCCUCUGCUGAUGGAGAUGCCAAAUUGGCACCUCUCGAUUUGGUCACGCCAAAUUCUUUCGACAAUAACUAUUUUAAGAAUCUUAUUCAGAAAAAAGGUCUUCUUGAAUCAGAUCAAGUGUUAUUCAACGGAGGAUCUACCGAUAGUAUCGUAAGGGAAUACAGCACCAGCCCGGCUAAGUUCAGUGCGGAUUUUAGUUUGGCUAUGGUUAAAAUGGGUGACAUUCAACCCCUCACCGGCCAAAAUGGAGUCAUAAGGAGGAUCUGCAGCUCUUUAAACUAGGGCUCAAUAUUUUAUUUGUAGCAAUUGUAUAAGUAAAGAAGUGUCAAUAAUUAAUUUGUUUUAUUCUUUCUCAUAUUCAAGUUGUGCUUUUG